GUGUUGUUGAAGUUUUGUGGUACGUUCGUACAGUUUUGGAUUGUUAGGCUUAUGAGGUGUUUUAAGAGGGGUUUGUGAUUCGUGGGCACGAUUUGCAUGAAAUCAACAUAAAAUGGGUGAUAAUCAGAUAAAAAAUAAUGGAAGGUAGCCACGAAGAUGGAAACUACCUGGUCCGUGUGCGUGCCCAGGUCAUGACCAGGGAUGACUCAACUGGUGGCUGGGUACCUAUGGGAGCUGGUGGGUUGAGUCUUGUUUCUGUCUGCAAAGGAUCUGUUACCGGCGAAGAUGAUAAAAUGGAAUAUCUUAUAUAUGGUCGAAGAAUAGCAGACCAAUCGGUAGUUCUAAGCUGUACAAUUAAAAAAGAUUUUCAGUAUAACAAAGUAAUGCCAACUUUCCACCACUGGCGUACGGGUGAUAAGAAGUUUGGCCUAACCUUCCAGACUGCUGCAGAUGCACGUGCAUUUGACAAAGGCGUACGGAUGGCUAUUGAAGAUCUGUCUGAUGGAAAUGGGGAUUUUCCAAAUUUCCAUGAUUCAGAUCUUGGUGAUGAUGAUGUAUUCAUGGCAUUGGAGCUUCCAAUAGAUUCCAGAUCUUCCUCUGGAUCUAGUUCUUUCAGUGGUGGCUCAUUUAGACCUGGAUCUGGUACACCAUUACAAUAUCCUGAUGUAGGCUCUUCUACAUCACCAUUUACUCAUCCUCAUGCUAACCAUCAUCAUCUUCAUCGCAUGAACUUCAUCAGAUCUCCACGUUAUCCUGCUGGAAUUAACCCUUCAGGGAAUAACAAUAUUGGGGGAUAUGUAGCAGAUCCUACCCAACGGAUAAGGAAUGAAGAUGCAUGGACAAAAGAUAUAUCUCUAGCAUCUAGGGAUUCUAGAAAAGAAUAUUUAGAUAAUGAUAAAAUUGAAAUGAGUGGAGAUCUAAAUUCUUAUGUGCAGCUAUCAAGAGACAAGAGUUCUAGAACUGAGCAUGAUUAUUCAUAUCCCAUUAUGGAUAGUUAUAAGUCAGCGAACAGGGAUACUCUUGGUAGCUUGAAGAAAUCACAGUUUGAUUCAUUUAGCUGCCAGCCAGCUCCAAGACUUCCCAUAAAAGCCAAGAAAAAGAAAGACUGGAGAAAAGAUGGUCGUAAAAAUCUGACCAUGGCAAGGGCACAGUGUCGCCAUUGCCUGGAGAUGUAUUCAGAGGAGGACAAUCAUCGUGGUAGCUGUGAAUAUGCUCCAGAUCCUGUGUUAGCUUGUAUCAGUGGAGCUUCAUGUAUUUCCUGUGCUCAGUGUAUGUUGUACCAUUGCAUGUCAGACAGUGAAGGGGAUUUCAACCAACAUCCUUGCUCCUGCGACACUUCAGAUGGACAUUGUCCUAAAAGAUGGACGGCUCUAACCCUACUCUCAAUUUUUGUGCCGUGUCUUUGGUGCUACCUACCCUUCCGUGCCUGUCAUAGGUGUGGAGUUCGGUGUGGUGUAUGUGGGGGCAGGCAUGACCCUGCCUGAUAACCUAUGUAAAGUAUGGUUGAUAAACCGAUAUAAAAGGUACUGAAAUUUUGCUCUUUGACAAAGAUACAAAAAGCAUUAUUUUAUUCAUUUGCCAAGAAAGUUUAACUUCAUGUUGCCAUGUUUAUAUGUAAUUUUGGCAAGACUGGGUAAGUAAAUGUGCUAAAGUAUAGAAGUUGCAAAGUCACUGUAUAUUUGGGAAAUAUGCUGAAAUUUAAAGCAAGGGCUUUAGGAGCUUUUAAAUUUUAAGUGUCUUGAAAUUAUUUAUGUAAUUUUUUUUAAUUUUGCUUUUUUACUUAAAAAGUUGAUUUUUAAGUGAUGCAAAGGAAAAAAAUAUUUAAUUUGAAAGCAGCAAUUAUAUUACUUUAAAAGGAAAUGUUUCUGUACAUUUACAGAAUAGAACAGGAAAUCAAAAUACUAAAUUGUUGCAUAAUUGUUAACUUUGUGUAAAAAUAUAAACAUUUACUGAGACUGAAGGUACUUUAUGAUCGUUAAAAAAAGCUUUGUAAUAUAUAAAUGUAAAAUAACUAUUAUGAAAUUUCUUUUUUAUAUUGUUCAGAAUUGUAUACUUUAUUCUUUUUAAAACAAUAAACAUUUAAAAUAAAUGUUUGUUACAAAAUUUAAAAAUUCAUGUAGCAUGUGAAACUAGUCACUUUAUUUGAUUGUUUACAUUAUAAUGUAACAUUUAAAUUUUUAUGCUGGUGGGCAAAUUAACAAUGAACUAUUUGUACCAUUGUCAUUUAUUUUUUAAGCAUGACUAAAAUAUGGACAUUUGUAAUAUAAAAUCCAUAUAAAUUAUCAUAAAUUUAAAAGUGUAUUUUUAAAAUAUGUGUAUUCAAAAGAUCUCAAGUUCAGUGUAAUCUUUGAAUUACGUGCAACAUCCCUGUGAAAGUAUGUGUAAUAUUCUUCAAUGCUAAUGUAAAUGAUAAACUGAUUUCUUCAUAUAUUCUGUAAAAAUAUUUUUUAUGUUUUGUGUUAUCUUUUUACCUGAAAGUCUGUUGUCAAUUAGAAGCAGCUUUGCUUCUUUGUUUGGAAAAAAAAAAAUAAAGUUGAAACUUUGUUUCGUUUGUA